CUCUGCUCUAUGGUCUUUAUUUCCGCUUCCGGCGAGAGGCUCUUUCUCUGGGCGCCGCUAACGUUGGCAAGAUGGUGAAUGUCCCGAAAACCCGCAGGACUUACUGCAAGAAAUGUGGCAAGCAUCAGCCCCACAAAGUCACCCAAUACAAGAAGGGUAAAGAGUCUUUGUAUGCGCAAGGAAAACGGAGAUACGACCGUAAGCGCAGUGGAUAUGGAGGUCAGACAAAGCCCAUCUUUCGCAAGAAGGCAAAGACCACAAAGAAGAUUGUGCUGAGACUGGAGUGCGUGGAGCCGAACUGUCGGUCCAAGAGGAUGCUGGCCAUUAAGAGGUGCAAGCACUUCGAGCUAGGAGGAGACAAGAAGAGAAAGGGCCAGGUCAUCCAGUUCUAGAUAUUCUUUGGUAUGGAACCCAUUAAAAUUCUGUCAGAACACAAUGA